GCACCUAUGUGCCUCGGGCUCAUGAACGCACCGUUUGCGUUAACAAAUGGUGCUACCGAGCCACAUCCACUGAUUACAUUUUUACUGCCAUCUCGUGGUUAAUGUAGGUUUCCUUUUGUCCAUCAUCAAAAGUUGAUUCAACAUGGGUAUUGAUAUCAACCAUAAAUACGACCGAAAGGUUAGGAGAACAGAGCCCAAAAGUGAAGAUGUCUAUCUCAGACUUCUUGUUAAGUUAUACCGUUUCUUGGCUCGUCGUACAGGUGCAAGAUUCAAUCGUAUUAUACUUAAACGUUUAUUUAUGAGUAGGAUCAAUAGACCACCAAUCACGAUUGCAAGAAUUGCAUCGCAAAUGAAAAAACCGGGGCGUGAAGGUUUAACUGCUGUAGUGGUUGGUACCGUUACUGACGAUGUCAGAAUUUACACGCUACCUAAGAUGAAGAUAUGUGCAUUACGCUUCACAGAGAAAGCACGUGCCAGAAUAUUGGAAGCCGGUGGAGAAAUUAUGACAUUUGAUCAGUUGGCUCUUAAAUCCCCGACCGGUUGUAAAACUGUUUUAUUACAAGGACAACGUAAUGCCAGAGAAGCUGUGAAACACUUUGGGCUCGCACCUGGUGUGCCACAUUCUCAUACUAAACCUCACGUUCGUUCAAAGGGACGUAAAUUCGAACGUGCACGUGGGCGUAGGCCUUCAUGCGGUUAUAAGAAAUAGAUUCUGUUACUUUAAUUUGCUGACAUUACCUUUUAUAUGAUAAUAAAGAAGUGUAAGAUACAGCA